AUUUGGACGCAAUGUUGGGGCCGCAGCAGUUCAGGGGCGUGGCCAACUUUAGCACAUUCCUAUUGGACCGUUCGUCUGGCGUUCUCUUCCUGGGUGCGAGAGAUGCCAUACUGGCCGUGGACACCAACAACCUGGCACAGCCACCACGCACGAUUGUGUGGGAUGUUCCUGAGGAGAAGAGGAGGUCCUGUGUGGCCAAGGGAAAGACAGAGGGUGACUGUAAUAACUACAUCCGUCUGUUAGAGUUUCUUGGAGACGGGUGGAUCUAUGCCUGUGGAACCUACGCUUUUGACCCACAAUGUGCCUUCGUGAACGUGUCUUCAUUCUCUCUGGAGCGAGGGGAGGAUGGAGGGGUGAGGAUGGAGACCGGGAAAGGGAAAUGUCCCUUUGAGCCCAGCCAGCACUAUACAGCUGUAAUGGCAGGAGGUAUCUUGUACACAGCUGCCACCAGUAACUUCCUGGGAACGUUGUUCGAUAUCUCCCGGGCAACCGGACAGGAGCAGGAACGUAUCCGCACCGAGAGAUCCAUCAACUGGCUCAGUGACCCAGAGUUCGUGUCCUCAGUGUUCAUAGAGCAGGACGAAGACAACAACCCAACAGGAGACGACAACAAGAUCUAUUUCUUCUUUACAGAGGUCGCCAAGGAGUACGACCUCUACACUAAGGUCAAAGUUCCCAGGGUCGCACGUGUCUGCAAGUCUGAUGUAGGUGGUAUGAAGACAUUACAGAGGCGUUGGACCACCUUCCUCAAGGCUCAGUUGGUGUGUGAGGACAGAGCCAGCGGACAGCGUUACAACAUACUGACCGAUGUCUACACGACACAACACACAUCUGGAGACCCUAGCUCAACACACUUCUACGGUCUCUUCACUUCUCAGUGGGAGUAUGAGGAGUUGUCAGCGGUGUGUGUGUACAGUCUGGCUGACAUCAGUAAAGUGAUGGACGGACCCUUUAAGGAACUGAAGAAGACCUGUGAGAACUGGAUCAACCCAGAACCAGUACCAACACCUAGACCAGGACAGUGUCUGAACAGUGCUCUGAGAGCGGAGGGCUUCGAGUCUUCUCUCAAGCUGCCGGACAAGGUGUUGACGUUUAUGAGAGACCACCCUCUGAUGGAGAACAGUGUGAUCGCAGUGCCUAUACUGGUGAGGAGGGGAGUCACAUACACUAAAGUAGCUGUUACCAGGACGACCACGCUGUCGCAGAGCAACGCAGCCACCGUGCUGCACCUGGGAACAGAUCGGGGGGAGCUCCACAGAGUAGUGGUGGUAGGACACAACACUACGCUACUACAGGAGAUACCUCUCUUCUCUGAACAGGAACCUGUCAACAACAUACUGCUACACAAGGGGCAGGCUCUAGUAGGUACCCCCCUAUCCCUGGCCCGUGUGGGGGCAGAGGGGUGCAGCCUGUACACCAACUGUGAGGUGUGUGCCCGGGCUAGGCCCCUGGGGUGUGUGUGGAGGGCCAAAGAGGGAACCUGUGGCCCCAGCAUGACAGAGCCCAUCCAGGGAGAGGAAGUAGAGGAUGCUCUGAAGCUGUGUGACAGUGGAGAAGGUCGUUGUUCCCCUGCCCUGAGGGAGCUGCGUGUCUCUGUGGGUCUCCAUGUUCUGUUGCCCUGCGUCCAGGUGUCACCACGCCCCUGUACCUGGGAACACCCACCACACAGACACACCCGUCAGCAUCACUCUGACCUGGAGGUCACUGUCACAGUGGAGAGCCUGGGGACAUACACAUGUCUAUGUCAGGAGGGUGGACCAGGGGGUAAGGAGGAGAGUCCUGCCUGUCGCAGAGCCUCCUACCAUCUCACCCUGGAGGAUCCCAGCGCUGGGGGGGCCGUGGCCACGGCUGGAGGACGUCACCUACUGGUCAUCUACAUACUCUGCUUCAGCCUGGGCGUUGCCAUCGGUGGCUUUCUCCUCCACUGCCUUUCCCGCCAACGCGGGAUUGGCCAGCGCCACCCAGACCACUCCCUUUCCUCUGAGAAAGGGCAGGACUUGCUGGGCUCCUCGGCGACGCCGCAGUCACCUAGCAGUGCCAGUUUGCUGUCGGAGGGGUUCCCAUUAACGGAGAAGAGAGGAAAUGGAACGCUGCUACUGACACACCACCACAACAACGGCAACGAUGGUCACCACGGCAACUACGGCAUCGUUGGCAGCAACGGCGGCUACAACGGUAACCGUGGCAACGGCGGCGGCCACGGCAACGGUGGCUACGCCAACAACGCUAACUGUAACGUGCAGACGGCAGCGAGCGCUGUGGAUGGGCUGAAGCUUCACGUUCAGGAGAUGGUGACGGGGGAGAGGAGCGGGGGAGAGAGGGAGAGCGGGAGGCCGGAGAGAGGACAGGGGGAUGAGGAGGACGAGGGGCUGGGGGAGGGGUUGGUGGGACUGGAGGAGGAAUUAGCGGGGUUUGCGUUGUUUAAGUUACCGGCACCAUUAGCCCAGUGUGAGGAGAGUUCCAUCUGA